UUGAUCAGCUUGUUCGGAAAGCUGAAACGCUACUUGAAGGGCCACCUGACUAUGCGUGGAAGCCUGAAAGUCCUACUGGUCUACCAGCGACGAAAGGAAAAGGAGUACAAGGCCAAGGUGGAGAUGCCCGGGACGUUGCGAGACGUUUCCUACUGUGAGCAGAUUAACAUUGCCCUUGGCAUGACGACGCGUUGGGUAGCUGCGGCGAUCAAGACGCAGUAUGACUUCCAAACUACGCCGGGCCGCACGUCGUUGGUGUUAUUCCACGGAGACAAUGGCACGACGCUCACCGUCCAGUAUGAUGAACACGAGUAUACACUCGAGAAGGAGGGCUGGAGAUGCAACUGUGAGUUCGCACAAAUCAUGACGCUGCCGUGCAGAGACGCGAUGGCGUAUCGGAAGACGUGCGGGAACCCUCUGAUCAUUCCCUUCUCAUCCAUAUCACCCAGG